AUGCGUCUUGCCCCGCAACCAAGUACGCAAUCAUUGCGGCUCGUCGUUCUGCUUCUCCUGAUUGUAGGAGUCACUCCCUCUCCGGCUCUGUCCGCCGGUUGUCCGGACCGCUGUGUGUGUGACGACCAGCUGGUGGUUCAGUGUGCCGGGCAACACCUGACCACCUUCCCCGGAAACUUGCCGCUGGCCACGCGGCAGCUCAUCAUCUCCAACAACCGCAUCUCGGAGCUGCCGCCGCUGGCGCUCAACUACCUCUCCGACCUGGUGUACCUGGACUGCAGCAACAACUCCCUGACGGAGAUAGCGGAGUCCACGUUCGGGAAUCUGCGAAAGCUCGCCUACUUGGACCUGUCCUUCAACACCCUCACCCGCAUCGAGGACAGGACGUUCGGACCCCUGUCGAGUCUGGUGAUGCUGAGGAUGACGGACAACCCGGGUCUCUCGGAAAUUCACCCGGACGCUUUCGCGGAGAACGCAGCCCUCCAGGUGCUGGACGUGAGCCGCAACAACUUGACGGCGCUCAACAUCUCCUCGCUGCUCGCGCUGGCCGCCCUGCGCUCGGUGGGCCUCAGCGGGAAUCCCUGGAGCUGCGAGUGCGACAACGAGGACCUCUGUCUAUGGGUCCACCUGGAGGGCUUCAAGUUUCAAGACGAGGGCCAGACAGUGUGCGGCAUGCCUGCAGACCUGCAGGGCCGUCGCCUGGGAGAAGUAGGCCUCCAGCUACGGACAUUGUGCCACCAGACCCUGGGCUCUUGGGACUACCUCUUCUUCAUUGUUAUUGGCUUUGUCAUCUUUGCCGCUGGCACUGUGUCUGCCUGGGUGAUGGGUGUUAUCAUGGUGCUCUAUGAGCGCUACAUCAAGAAGAAGGAUGAACAGGUUGAUCCAGAUGAUGAGGAGGCCAGUGGGUCAGCUGGCGCCACGGGGUCUGGGGGUGACCACGGCAAUGGGAAUUUGAAAAUCUCUCAUACUGUGUGA